AUGACCUUCCGUUCUUUCACUGAGCGGGCGCAGUCGCAAUACUGUCCGGAGAUGUAUAGCCGGAAGCAGGCUUGUGCAAGCGGCCUCCACUUGAGAUUCAAAUCUCAACAUCGCACAAUGAAUGCUCACGCACCUCGAGCUGUGGGCCACACCGACUUACAAAGGCUGGUUAAAGCCCACGAUAUAGACACAGAUUGCAUGAAUGAGGUCGCCAUUGAACAUCUACGCGAACGACCGCUUGCGCUAUCUUCGUGGGUUUCCAAUCCUUCAUUUGAGGGCGCCAUUUCACCUCCUCUGACGCCACAGGGCCAUCUCGGACCCAAGCCCAAGCCAUAUUCAACAGAACGGACUGCACGUCAAGCUUUCAAUUCAUUCAUGCGUCCAGAAGCCAGGCCAGAAUCCCUGGCAGGCCCUAGCAGAGCGGCCAACCCUGAAGGCCCGAGCAGGCCACCUAUGAAUGGUUCCUUCGCGUCGGUAGAGAGCCAGGACUCCGAGGAUAUCAACUUUGAUGCCCCACGAGCCCAACGGCGCCCGUCCAGACACGCGAGCGCAGACUCAGCCGGUCGGCGAACCGAGGUCGCCCGCCUUGCCCGCCAAGCCGCCCACCUGGGCCCCGCCACUGAGAAGGAUCUGAGGCGCGCGGCACAUUCGAUGGCCGAUAUGUCGGACAAAAAUCACGGCUACCUGCAGCGCUCACGCUUCCUGCGACAGGCAGCGAAAAAGCAGAUGACCCAGGUUCGGGAGCUGCGCAAACAAAUCGCGCAGGAGAGAGGAGCGCGCGUCCGGAUGCUCCACUAUCUGCUGUAUUGGCAGAAGAUCGAGCCGCUGUGGACGGAAGAGCAGCUGGGUGAAUGCGUCGAGGGUAUCGUCCAGGACGUGGAUGCCGGGAAGUCUGAGAAGGGAAGACGAAACCCGCAACACGGAGUGCACGCUCGGGAUGCAGGUGGCGACAACCCAGGCCAGGCUACCAGCACGAAGCUAGCAGGAGCGCGAUUGCUUCCUGUCGAUGACGCAACUGUGCAGGCGCUGGCCGGUCUGUUGAAGGGCCCUACGAAGGUGGCACAGAGCGGCCAAAAGCGAACACGGCCUGAGGUUGACGCGGCGAACGAAGCAGGAGGGAGGCCGCACAAGCGAUUACGCUCCGAGGGAUCGGAGGCGGCGUCGUCACUCGCAAAAAGAACCACCAUCCGGAGGCCCAACAAGGGAAAAGAACAGGAUAAAUUGACCUUGUCGUCCCGGAGAUCGCAACUCGACGCGUCGGAGUGUGAGAGCGUGCUUUCCGUGCUCAACGCGGCUCUGUCAGAGGCGGACUCAGAUGACGAGGAUUAA